UUUAUGUCCUUGAUGUGGCGAGCAACCGUUUUGCCACCCAAGAUGCAAUCAACCAAUCAUCAUGGUUGGUGGCAAGCAAGCGAUCAAGGCAAGGCGAUCAAGGCAACGCUGGGCCUUAAUGAAUAAAGCAAGCAAGCGAGCAAGCAGUUUGUCUGCUGGCCACAACACGCAAUGAACCUGCCGCAUACACAAGUCACACACCAUCACACACCAUCACACACACACAUACACACACCACACUCUUCUCGCUCGUCCGCAGACACUGUCAAUCCGGAAGAACCCCCCUCUCUUCAGCAUUUUCUCCUCCUCCUCCUCCUCAAACCCAAAGUGCACACUCACACUCUCACCAUUGUCGUUCCUCAGAGAACGCACACACACACACACACAACCACGCACACACACACACAUGCACACACAUACGCACACGCGAGAUCAUUACCCCACGUACCUUUGAGCGCUGUACGGCAUCAUGGCUGAUGAGUUCCAGCACAUCCAUUGGACCCACGGGCCAGACAAGGACUUUGUUGUCAUCCCCAGCCUUACGUUUGACAAUGGCGAGCUUGAGAAGCUGAGGGGCGUGCAUCACUAUGAGGAGCGACUGCUGUUCUCGCUCAUCCUGUUGCGUUACAGCAACACACGGCUGGUGUACCUCACUUCGAUGCCCAUCCCCAGCGACAUCCUUGACUACUACUUCUCCCUCCUCCCACCAGAUAUCCCCAUCCACCGCGAGAACCUCCUCAUGCUCAGCACGCAGGACAGCUCCCCCGUCUCCCUCAGCGAAAAGCUGCUGCGCCGGCCGCGGCUGUUGAAUCGGAUCCGCACGUAUGUGCGGCCGAAUGCGGUGAUGGCGGUGUUUCGCAGCACCCCGCUGGAGAUGCGCAUUGCAGACUACCUCGGCAUGACACUCCACUCCGUCAGACCAGACCUCAUGUUCUGGGGCGGAAAGGAUGGGUCGCGAGUGGCGUUUGCCAACAGCGGCGUGCCAUGCCCGGACGGUGUGCGCCUGACACACAACGUCGAUGUGCUGGUGGACCGAAUCGCCACCCUCCUAUUGCGCAACCCAACAACAAAGCGGGUCGUCGUGAAACUCAACGAAGGGUUCUCUGGCGAGGGCAACGCCAUCCUGCACGUGGACCACAUCACCUCCAACCCAAAGCUCAUGCAGCCAGCACGCAGCGCCGCCGGUGAUAGCAGUGGUGACAGCAGUGGUGGUGGGAGUGGCGACAGCAGGGGUGACAAGGGCGGCCCUGUCGAGGCGAAGCGUGCGCAGAACAAAGAGAACGACACCAGCAGCAAAACCAGCGGCGGCAUCGCUACCAACAACAACACAAGCAGCGGUCGCAGCGCUGCCACUGCCUCAACUGCCACCCCAACCGAUGAACAACAACAACAACAACAACAACAACAACAACAACAACAACAACAACAACAACAGCAGCAGCAGCAGCAACAACAACAACAACAACAACAACAACAACAACAACACCGCGUGUCGUUUGCGUCCGAAGCAACGGUGGUGACCACCACCACGACAACAACAGCGACAGAAGACGCAUACACCGACACACACAUUGGCCACAAGCAACAGCAACAAGGAGACGAAGAAGAGCAUGUGGAGAUCCGCGUACAGGUGCAGCAGCAAGUCAAAGAGGUAACAGCGGUGACAACAGUGCAAGAUAACGAGGAAGAAGAACAAGAGCAAGAGCAAGAAGACCUGCCAGCAUCACCAACAUCGUCCGCGCCCCGCCCCGUGUUCAGAGCAACACCAGCGCUGCGUGCAGCCGUGUUGGCGGCACUGGCCCACGACGACCCGACGGAUGACAGGCGCACAAUGCGCUUCUGCUCGACUGUGGAGCGCUGGGAGACGUUUGUGCCGAAGAUUGCGACCUUUGGCGCCAUUGCGGAGCUGUUUGUGGAGGGCGCCACCACCUCGCCGAGCGUGCAGUGUGUGAUUGACGCGCAGUCGAACGUGGAGGUGGUGUCCACGCAUGAGCAGGUGCUGGACGGGCAGAUAUACAAGGGGUGUCUGUUCCCGGCGAGGGACGAGUACAACAAGCAGCUGCAGGAGUACGGUCGCAAGGUGGCGCAGUUCCUGGCCGACCAAGGCGUUGUCGACAACCUCGGCAUCGACUUCAUGUGCGGCCCAAACGCGGAUGGGUCAUGGAACAUUCAGGCGCUGGAGAUCAACCUGCGGCUGUGUGGAACCACGCACCCGUUCAUGACGCUGAAGCUGCUGACGGGCGGCGGGCUGGACCCAAUGUCCGGGCUGUACAUGACGCAACGCGGGGAGUACCGCUACUACAUUGCGUCAGACAACAUGGAGGACCCGAGCCUGCAGACGCUCACGCCGCAGGACAUUAUCGACAUCUUCAAGGAGAACGACCUGCACUUCCACCACGACACGCAGGUCGGCGUUGUGUUCCACCUGCUGGGGUGCCUGAGCGAGUGGGGCAAGGUUGGCGUCACGGCUAUCGGCACGUCAAGGGACCACGCCAAGGACCUGUUUGACCGCGCACAGCACCUCCUCAUCACGGAGGCGCGUCGAAUCCCGCCGCUGUGGACGCCGACGAUGGAGACAGACGCCUGCCCGUAUCUCUGUCGCCGCCGCGUGUCUGUGGCCGCACCAGAGGCAGCGAAGCUCGCCGCGAGACGCUGACUACAUCGUGCUUGUUGUGUGUGCGCGUGUGUGCGUGUGUAUGUGUGUGUGUGUGUGUGUGUGUGUGUGUGUGUGUGUGUGUGUGUGUGUGUGUGUUUGUGUGUGUGUGUGUUUUCUCUUUGC